CGUAACUUUAGUUGUCUAACACAGAAUAUUUUUUCUACUAGAAAAGGAGGAGUCUUGUUUACUAGCAUAGCAACUUGCGCCUACCUGGUCAGUGCUCUUACCCCUGGGCACUCAGUAGCUUCAUAAGGAUGUUCUGGCUCAUUUGAACAGUCCGUGGACUCCUUGGCCUCAGCAUGAACCUACCCUUGGGGAGCUUGAGUGGAUCGGGCCCGUCGUCGGGUCCGUGGGCGGGUCGUUCGUCGUGGCACGCCUUGGACGAACUUGUCCGGGAUUAUUUACUGUUUCGUGGGUUCAUGCCCACCUUAAAGAUGCUCGACCAAGAGAUCAAAGUCGACAAAGAGAAAGGAUUCCGACCCGACAAGAUUAUCGACCAUAUUCUGUCGUUGAUGGGCAGUCAUGACUUGUCCGGACUUCGUGAGCUUUGGGCUCAUUUGCAAACUCGGCUCUUUUCCCGACUUGAACAUAAGGAAGCCCAAGCCGUGAGCAAACUCGAGACCGGCCUCUUCAAGCUCUUCGUCGUCCAUUGCGUGCAGACCAAACAUCCCGAAAAGGUUCGGACCUUCUUUGAGGUCAUGAGUGCCGAAUUGCAGAGUCAAAGUGAAUGGAAGGAUUGGUUCGUCUUGCCUUUUCUGACCAAUCCGGAGACCCAUCCCACCUUCGCACCUUUCUUUUCGCGUCAUUGGCAGGACACCUUAUUGCUGUCCUUGUUCAACUUGUUGGCCCUCAUCUACGCCUGCUUACCCCCGCCCAAAUUGGCGGAUUUCCGCACCUCGCAGAGCAAAAUUCAGACGCUCCAAGAGGAGAACGAGGCUUUGCGGCGGAAAUUGCGGGAAAUGCGGAUUCGAGAUCACCGCGAACGACCGCCGAGUGUGCCGGAUAUUCAGCCACCCGAGGAUGUCAUGGAUGAUUUCUUCAUUAUAGCUCCAGAAAGUGCGCCCGCCGAUGUGACGAGCAACACUUUGAAGAGCUUUUUGCGGAACAUCACGGGCACAAGCGCUAAUAGUUCGGUGGUUUCCGCGUCCGAGCGAAGAACGGCUAAGCCAUCGAGCCAAUUGGGCACGAGCAGUAGUUCCACUUCGCUGAAACAGAGUAAGCCCAGAUCCUCGUCCAAGUCGCGGGUCAGUCACGCCCCUGUGAAACGAUUAUCGCAAACCUCCUUGAACGCACUCCCCUCCGCGAGUUCAACCCCGAAUUUGGCCAAGUCCCCCGCCCCGCCUUUAUCCGAACCAUCCUCUUCGCCCUAUCCCGCCCCUCAGGAUUCCAUAGCGUACCUUUUGCUCAGUCAAGAGGAGUACCUGGAGCAUCAGUCCGAGAUUACGCACUGCCGCUUCUCAAGCACGGGGGCGUUGAUCGCCAGUUCAGACAUAGACGGGGUGAUCAAGAUUUGGACCCCGACCCCCAAUCCGAUCACCCAGUCCACUUUCAUUGCCCAAAGUGCGGUGACAGCCCUGGAUUGGGUCCCCACUUCGGAUCGACACUUCUUGUACGGGACUCGAAAUGGAACCGUUCGGUUUUGCGAUCAAGUCGAACGGAAAACCCAGAACGAGAUCCACUUCGAAGACCAACGAACCAUUCGUGUGUUGGCGUGUAGUCCGAACUCGAAUAUCUGCGCCCUAGCUGCCAGUAACGCGUCGGCCGAGCUACUCACGGUGUAUGACCUCAAAACAAUGACCUUGUUGUAUGAGCUCUCUGACAGCACACCCAUUUGUGAGGUCACGUCCUGCUCGUUCAAUCAUAACUCCCAAAUGCUGAUCACGUCGGGGAUUGAUGGAAAAAUUCGGAUCUUUGAUCUACGCAAGCAGGAUUGCAUCGCCUCUUGGAUGGUGCACGAUCAGCCCAUUUCCAGUUCCUCAUUGUCCUUGGAUGAAACCAAAAUCUUUGCUUUGAGUCAGGAUGGUCGAUUCUCGGGAUGGAGUCUGUACCAGACGGGUCAGAAGUGCUUCGAUCAUCAAUUGGAUGAUCCGUAUUAUGGAUCGAUCAAAAGGCAAGGCGUGUGGAAUAAUCAAUUCGCCUUAGCGGGCGAUGGAACACACGUGUUAACGUGCUCUAGUAACGGUGGGAUCAUCUACGAGUUCAAUACGGAUGAGAUGACCAAAGUUCUAGGAUUGAAGGGAUUGAGAAACAAUGCGGCUUGCACAGAUUGGUCUGCAAUUAACGAUUGCGGGCCAUGCAUAACGGCCUCUUCGGCCGGGCAAAUCACCAUUUCCACUCUAUUGAGUCAAUAGCGAACAUUUCACUCUCUAUGCACAUCACUUUUAGAUAUACACACUUGAAUUACCUAUCAAAGAUGCUGUUUAAUAUCCCGACCGGAAAGCGGCCCAACCCCCAUACAACGUAAAUUAUUCUGAAACUAAUUGAUUAGUUUUUUUUUUGCUUUUGAUUCGCAGUAGAAAAAAGUAUUUGAACGAGUGGCUAAGCUGAACCAAAAAAAAAAUCAUUGUUUUGAACAAUCGUUGUCGAAUUUACCAGAAAAGAUAAUACAUUCAGAUAUCCACGACCUCAGAGUCAUCCAUAAGGGAUUGACUGAUGAGUUCGCUCUCCA